UCAGUCUCAUAUGACUGAGAGGCAGACGGAGCUCUAGCGGUCAGACUCACCAAAUCUGCAUCAUCCGUCCUGAAAGUAAAGCACUGGGGCAGUUGUUGCUCCGGCUUCACUUUUUUUUUUCCUCGUUUGGUUUUUUUUGCAGCGUGUGUGUGUGUGUGUGCGUGUGUGUGUGUUGUAGUUGUGAGCAUGCAAGGAAACGGCCGUCACCGUAACAAGGAAUCAAGGAAAACAUGGUCAAAUCGGCAACUUAUAUUUUACAAAUGCACUUUAUAUUUAUUCGUCUUUAGUCUGGAACUGAAGAGCAGCGUUACGGCGCCGCUGGACUCUGAUGAGUUUGCUUUCUUCCAUGAGGGCGCCCAGGGGUGCCUGGGGGUGCGGGAUCACUCCCUCAUCCUGUCAACCUCCUGUGAGGAUAUCAACCAGCGAUGGAAGUGGGUGACUCGGGGUCGCCUGUUCAACCUGGGCUCGUCGCUGUGCCUGGGCAUGACCACUGGUAACCUCACUUCCAGAUGGGAAAGGUCUCCUCUGGGUGUGUACACCUGUGACCGUGAGCCCCCCAGAGUACGCUGGACCUGGAACUGUGGACAGGUGUUAGACAACCUCAACAACUACCUUCCCUCACCCUCAUUUUCGAACUCCUCCGCCUCAGUCUCCAUUCCUUCUGCGCUCAAAUGGACACUGCAUGGUGGUGUGCAGGAUCUGUGCUCUAAAACAUAUCGUGAGAUCUAUACAAUCCAGGGGAACUCUCAUGGUCGCCCCUGCUAUCUGCCCUUCCUGUAUGAUGGCCAGUGGUUCCACAACUGCACUAGUAUCGGGCGUGAGGACGGUCACCUCUGGUGUGCCACCACCUUUGACUAUGGCAAGGACGAGCAUUGGGGUUUCUGUCCUGUCAAGAGCAAAGGCUGCGAGACAUUCUGGGAUACUGACCCACUGACAGACAGCUGUUACCAGUUUAACUUCCAAGCUACGCUCUCAUGGAGCGAGGCUCGGAUCAGUUGCCAGCAGCAGGGGGCAGACCUGCUAAGCAUCACCAAGCUGCACGAGCAGACGUACAUCAAUGGUUUACUGACAGGUUACAGUGCUGCUUUGUGGAUUGGCCUCAAUGACCUGGACAUCCAUGGUGGUUGGCAAUGGGCCGACUCCUCACCGCUCAAAUAUCUCAACUGGGAGACAGACCAGCCAAACCACGCCGAGGAGGAGAACUGCGCUGUGAUCAGAACUGAGUCAUCGGGUCGUUGGCAAAACCGUGAUUGUUCUGUUGCUCUGCCAUAUGUCUGUAAGAAAAGGCCCAAUGCCACCCUAGACCCCUUCACAACUGACUCGUGGGCAGAUGAUCAGAAAUACGAGUGUGAUGUGGGCUGGCAGGCCUUCCAGGCUGGCUGCUACAAGUUGACUUCAGAAAAGCUUGACUGGGAUACAGCUCAAAAAACCUGUCAGAAGAUGGAGGCCAACCUGGUCAGCAUCCACACUUUACCUGAGCUGGAGUUCCUCAUGCAAACCGUAAAGAGAGAUAUUGACCAGCUGUGGAUAGGACUCCAUGACACUGAUAUGCAAAUGGACUUCCAAUGGACUGACCACACGCCCGUCAUCUUCACCUACUGGCAUCCGUUUGAACCCAACAACUUCCGCAACACUCAAGAAGAUUGCGUCUCCAUCUGGGGAGCUGAGGGCCGCUGGGAUGACAGCCCUUGUAAUCUGACUCUGCCCUCCAUCUGUAAGAAACUGGGAACAAAGAAUGACGGGAAGCCACAGCACCAAGACUGCAAACAAGGCUGGAAGUGGCAUAGUCCAGCUUGUUACUGGGUGGGAGAAGAUCUACUUACUUUUGAUGAGGCCAAGAAGUCCUGUGAAGAGCAUGGAGCUGCCCUUGUUACCAUUACCAAUAGGUUUGAGCAGGCCUUCGCCAACAGCCUGGUGUUUGGUCGCUCUGGUGAUUCCUUCUGGAUAGGCCUCUAUGACAAAGCCAGUCCUGGCUCUUUCCACUGGCUCAGCGGGGAUGAAGUGUCCUUCACCAACUGGAAUCGAGACCAGCCAGUCACUGUCCAUGGCGGCUGUGUUUCCAUGGCGACGGGUUCCGAAACAGGCCUGUGGGAGGUUAGGGAGUGUGCAUCAUCUAAGGCAAAAUUCAUCUGCCGCCAGAACCAGGACACGUCUCUGAGCCCUGAGCCCCCAGCCCCUCAGCCCACCCCGAGCCUCAGCGGCUCCUGUCCCAGUGGCUGGAAGAGCGACAGCAACCUGCGCUACUGUUAUAAGGUGUUUCAUUCCUCCCAGCUGGAGCAGAAGCUGAGCUGGCUGCAGGCUCACCUGUACUGCCGGAGACACGGAGCCAAUCUGCUGAGUAUCAGUGGCCCUGAUGAGGAGCACUUUGUUCUGCAGGUCCUCCACGAGGCCUUUGGGGAGUCAGAGGACCAUGAGCAGCAUUGGUUUUGGAUUGGACUGAACCGCAGAAACCCCAUGGAUAAUGGCAGCUGGAAGUGGAGUGAUGGGCUGGCUCUCACAUACGAGAACUUUGGCCGUUACUACUACAACAUUCGGCAGUGUGCUGCAGCAGACUUGGGCACCAUGACCUGGUUGGCUAUGCACUGUGACUCUGAAUUAGACUGGAUAUGCAAAAUCCCCAGAGGUAGUGUUGAGCAAGAACCAGAAGUUUCUGAAGGCACCAGUUCACCAGAGUGGAUUACCUUCCAGGAGGCUGACUAUAAAUUUUUUGACCACCGCACCACUUGGGACCAGGCCCAGAGGAUUUGCUCCUGGUUUGAUUCCUCUCUGGCCUCUGUCCACUCAGCUGAGGAAGAGGCUUUCCUGGCCAACACUUUACGAAAGAUGCCGAAGGUGGAGGGUGACAACUGGUGGCUGGGUCUUCACACCUAUGAAAAUGAUGGCCGCUUCCGCUGGUCUGACCACUCUGUGCUCAAUUAUGUUUCUUGGGCCCUUGGGAGGCCACACCCACUCAGUCGUGAUCGCAGAUGUGUCCAUCUGUCUGCCAGCAAAGCGGAUUGGGCUGAUCAGAAGUGCCACUCUGACCUGCCCUACAUCUGUAAGAGAGUAAAUGUCACAGGCACCAUUCCUCCAACUCCGUCAUCCCCCCACCCACCUGCAGGCUGCCCUGACGGAUGGUCCUCCUAUCAGCAUAAGUGUUUCAGAGUAUUUGAUCAUUCAUACAAAGUCACAUGGUCUGCAGCCAAGUUGAAAUGUGAAUCACAGAGAGGUGUACUGGCAGUGGUGUCCAAUCAUUUGGAGGAAGCGUUUGUAACCACCCUCCUUAACAAUGCAAGUAUUGACCUUUGGGUGGGUCUGACCUCAGACUCUAAAGGUCAUUUCCAGUGGGCCAAGCCUGGCCUGCUCAGCUACACCAACUGGGCUCCAGGGGAGCCACUCGACAACAGCGGACCACAUCACAACAAGACCCCGGGAAACUGUGUGGUGAUGAUUCAUGGGAACCCACAGAAGAACACUGGCAUGUGGGCUUCCCGAGCCUGUGAGAUGGAAAGUAAUGGUUACAUCUGUCAAAGGCCACAAGACUCGGAACGCCCUCCGGCCCCGGCUCUUAUUCCUGCCACCCUUUCAAAGCCUGUGGAGCUGGGUGGAGUGACUUACCGGGUUGUGGAGAAGCGUCUGGACUGGACUGGUGCUCUUCAUCUCUGUGAAUCUCUAAAUGGGACCCUGGCAAAGGUGAAGGAUCCGUACCAACAGGCUUAUCUCACUCUGCUGAUCAACAGCCUACGCCGGCCUGCCUGGAUCUCUCUCUACAACUAUGGAGGACGGAGCUUCACAUGGCUCGGUGAAGAAGAUGUGACAUAUUCAAACUGGAAAGAUGGGGAGCCCAAUCAGAUGGCUGGAUGCGGUCACAUGACCACUACUGGGCAGUGGACUAUGUCUCCCUGUGACGAUAAACUGGACGCUGCUAUCUGUCAGAUUAGUGAUGAGCCUGCAACUCACCAGUGGAUCUACCCCGGCAAGUGCCCACACUCUGUGGGAGAGUGGGCAUGGGUGCCUUUCAGAAACCACUGUUACGCCUUCAACCUGCAAAGUCUUAAACUUCAGCAGGAUGCACGCAUGUCAUGUAAAAAAGUGGGUGCUGAACUUCUCUCAAUCUUGGAUGAGACAGAGAACGGAUUUGUAUGGGAACACAUUCAGAGCUAUGCAGACCAGGCACAUGGAGCUUGGCUGGGCAUCAGCGUGAGAGGUAGAGGUCUAGUGUGGAGUGAGGACACAGAGAUGUCGUACACCAACUGGGAGGCGCAUGACGUCGCCUUCUCUGUUCUGUCUCCAAAGUCUUGCUUCUGGAUCCAGAGCAACAGUGGCCUGUGGAAGCCUGGCUCCUGCAGAAAUCGCACACAUGGGGUCAUCUGCAAGCAGCCUCGCAGUGCUGAAACUGCAGCUGUAACCUUGGAUAGCGACCACCUGCCCACUCUGAUUGUUGUCAUGGUGACUGGCCUGGUGCUGGUGGUGUUGAUUGUUGGAGUGAUCUACUUGUACCGUCGGCGAACUGUCGGGUCCCGGGGUUCCUAUGAAGGGGCCCGUUAUAGCCGCACCAACUCCAGCCUCACAGAGCAGACUGAGAAGAACAUCCUGGUGUCUGACAUGGAGCUGAAUGAGCAGUCAGAGUAGCAGAGCCACUCCGGAUCGAACCAAACCAGGACUGGACCCAACCUGACACAGGAGAGGCUGAUUUCAAUGUGCUGACUCAGAUACACUUUGUGGCAUUUAUGUUUUUUUUUUUUUUUCUUGUCUCUUUUGAAACCAAAAAAGAUUUUUAAAGUGCUGAAGGGCUGUGUAGAGCGCAGCAGAUGUUUCAUUUUUAAAUUGAAUCCCCGCCUCCCAAUCCUCUUUUGCCAAGACUUAACAGUUCUAGAAAUUUCUCUCUAGACAAAUCAGAUAAACAUCUUUUACCCAAAAGUGAUCAUGAAAGCCAUAAAUGGAUCUACUGGGAGUUUAGUUUUAUUGCAGCUGGAAAACUUCAACAUGAAAUCGGCUUUAUGAAAUGACUCCUUUCCGUCUUCCUUGGUGCCAAAAUAAAUUUUUGUUCGGUGUAUAUUUUCUUUCUUGUUCCCAUUUUGAUCAAAAGACUUUCAAAGCAAAAAAGUGCUAUCACGGCCACAGAUCGACUUUUAACUCAAACCAUCUCUGUCAUCUACAUGCACAGCCACAGUCUUCUUCAGGACCAAAUUCAUUUUUGGAUUUUAAGUUUGUUUUUUGUUUUUUGUUUUUCUUUUUUGCCAUGACAGUAUUUACCUGUACUUGAGUUGUGUUUUCAUUGUUUCAUUGCAUUCAUGUCCUUUCAAUCGUUUUGUCUUUAUCUGUGCAGCUGUAGAGAACUGUUACUGAUGAUGCAUGCGUGGUUUUCAUGAGCCUGCUCUCUCCUCCUCUCUGAUCUGACACGUCAGCACCAGCUGUCAGAUGAGCAGAGGAGGAAGUCCAAAUGUGAAUGUGUGGACGGCGACAGGGACCAUUAUUUGUGGUGACCUCAAGCCGUCUGAGGGCAGUACACUAGAAUUGUGCACAUUACUAAUGCUAAGUUCUGUAACUUAGAGGACUGAGUAUUGAAAGCUGGUCUUUAAAUAGACUACAUUGUCUUUUUGGUACUGCAGGACUGAAGGUUGUCAUCAAAUGAUCAGACUUUCAGUUUCCAUGGCUCCGUGUACAUUUAGGCACUUUCUGCUAUUAUCUUGAGCUAAUUCAAUAAUAGUCAUCCACUUGCCUUUAGUCAUUAUCCUUAAGGUACAGUUGCUGCUCUGUGAUGCCAAACUUUUAUUUGGUUUGGCUCUUCAUGCCACCAUCUGGAGCUGAUUCAGCAAUUUUUAAGGACAUGAAUUCUCUUUGUAUGCGCCACAAAAAAAAGGGUUUCGCAGCUUGAUAUUUGUUUGUGAUUCAUCAUGUUUAUGGACCGCAGUUCACUUUUCUGUAUGUUUAAUCACUAGGAUAUUUUUCUCCAAUUGUCUUUUAAAUGAUGCAGGUUUCAAUAUGUGGUUUGACUGAAAUACGACUGGUAAAGACAUUUGGAAACUUUCCGUCUUUUAUGGGAUAAUUGCCAACACUUGAACCUCUCAUUGCCCCACAAAGGAAAACAUCCGUCAUGUGAAUGACACAGUUGUAUAUAUGAGAGCCAAAGAAUGUUUUUAAAAGUGAAUUCACUACAAGAGAAAACCUUCUCUUCGUUUCUACGUCUACGUCAUUAUGAGAUUUCACAUUUGCGCAGCGUAAUGACUACAUUUUUCAGAGUUUAUUUGCCUCCUCAAACAUUUUUCUUUUCCCUUCAGUUCAUGCCUCUGAGUGCUUUUCUGUCUUCUUGCUCGGAGGAAUGCUUUGGAGCCAUUUCAGUCUGAGGCUUUUGGUGUUUCACUGAGCUGCUGUGAAAAAAAAAAAAAAAAAAAAAAAAAAGCAGUUCCAUGAAGUUGGACUAAGAUAGAGGGGGAAGGGAGGAGGAGAGAGAGUGAGUUGAAGUGUGUGUGUGUAUGUGUGUGUGCAUAUAGGUGUGAGUGUGUGUGUGUGUGUGUGUGUGCAGUCUCCAGCUGUGGAAUGUUGAGUUGGCAAGAAGAGCUCAGUGGCACGUCUGGAACCAAUCAGAAGAGGAGGGCUCAGGGACAUGAAGGGUCAGAAAGAAGAGUGAAAAAAGGAAAACUAGACGAAGGAGAAAAGGGAAAAAGGGGGGGAGUGUGAGGAGGAGUCAGGGAUGUAGGAAGAGAGGAAAGCAGGGAAGGAGGAGUGUAAAAGGUGAACCGGUUUGUCCCAGGCCUACCCUGGCCUCUGCUGGUGGCUUACUGUACAGGUUUGUCUGUGUGAACUGAUUGAGAUGAUGAUGAUGAUGACGGUGCAACGACCCCCAAUGAGAUCAAGUUUAUGAUGCAGGCUGGCUCUUGUCCCUGUGAAGAUUACCUGUUUAACUUUUUUUGAACGUUUUUGUGUCAUUUUUAUAUGAAAUGAAUAAAGUCUAUGUUCUCAAAGCUUCUGCUUUCACA